AUGUGUCAGCCACUGCCCUAUGCCGAUUUUCGAUGGGUCGACAACAUUUCCAAUUUCAACGUGAACGCUGUCACUCCCGAUUCGCCAAAAGGAUACGUACUCGAAGUCGAUCUUGAGUAUCCGCGACAUCUCCAUGACGCGCACGCUAACCUACCGUUUUGUCCGACGCGCGAUAAGCCGCCAGGCAAACGGCAGGAUAAGUUGCUCGCAACUUUAUACGAUAAGAAGCGGUACGUCAUCCACUACCGCAAUCUACAACAGUGUACGCGUCACGGUCUUCGCGUCACAAAAAUUCAUCAUAUAUUAGAAUUCACGCAAUCUCCAUGGCUCCGCGAGUACAUCGAACUGAACACGCGAUUUAGGGCAGCAGCUAAAAAUGAUUUCGAGAAAAAUUUAUAUAAACUAAUGAAUAACGCGGUAUUCGGAAAAACCAUGGAGAACGUGCGCAAUCAUAUUGAUGUAAAGCUGUUAACGAAAUGGAACGGAAGGUACGGCGCGGAGGCAAUGAUCGCGAAACCGAAUUUCCAUAGUCGCAGCGUCUUUUCGGAAAACCUGGUCGCGAUCGAAAUGCGUAAGCUCGAGGUGAAAUUCAACAAACCGAUCUACGUGGGUAUGUGCAUCCUCGACAUAUCCAAGGUCUGUUUGUACGAGUUUCAUCACGAGUACAUGUUACCUCUUUAUCCUGAUAAAUGCAAAGUUGUGUACACGGAUAUCGAUAGUUUAAUUUACCAUAUCGAAUGUGAUGAUGUAUACGAGCAAAUGAAACGCGACAUUCCGAGAUUUGACACGAGCGAUUACGCGUCCGACAACAUAUAUAAUAUUCCGCUCAUGAACAAAAAAUUACCAGGUUUAAUGAAAGACGAGAACAACGACGCGAUAAUAACCGAAUUCGUUAGACUUAGAGCGAAAAUGUAUGCUUUGAAGGUAGACGGUAAAAAAGAUACCAAAAAGGCGAAAGGUGUUAAGACCAAUGUAGUCGCACGAACAAUAACGUUCGACGAUUACAUGCGAUGUUUGAAAGACCGCAUAGAAAUGACUCGAGAUCAAUCCCGUAUACAGUCAAAACUGCAUAACGUGUACACCGUUCGCGAGACGAAAAUCGCUCUGAGUCCGCAUGACGAUAAACGAUACAUUGUACCCAAGUCUGCAAACACCUUACCGUGAGGACACUACCGCGUACCGUUAUAAAAUAUGUAUCAUAGGAUAAUAAUAAAGAGUUGUAUUUCAUAUAUAUCAUUGUAUUUUCUUAUAUUUU